AUGACGACGACAGAAGCAAAAGAUAUCUCCCAACUCUUGGAUUCACACUGGUUUCAGCAUAAGAUCCUCACCAGCAACCCGCCCCCAGUUCUCGUUUACGAAGCAGGAAGUCAUAAAAAGAGCUUAAAAGAAGAUGAAAAUGUGGCAUUGACGAUAAUGAACUGCAGAAACGAUUUGGAGUUGAAGGGUCUGCUAAGGUUUUGGGCUCAUUCUGUUGCUUCUGCAGUACAGAAGAAGUGGCAGGAGAGAAAGGUUUUUCAAGAACUUUUUGAUGAUGUAGAUAUGAUUUUUUUUGUAUACCUUCCCUACAUCAUCUUCAACCUGAACCACCAGUCAACCUGCACCACCGAGACCACUCUCAACCAUCACCGACAGAACCAGAGACCUUCACCACCACAAACCACCUGCUAUCACCCUUCAUCGCCACCUGUUACAGCCGAAGAUAUCUAA